AUGGCUAAAAUUAAUAAGACUAGACCUAGCUGUGCUAGGGUCAAAGUUCUUGUUGACCUGUUAGCAGAUCAUCCUAAUAAGGUAAGAAUGGACAUUCUUAAUGAAGCAUCAGGUGAAGUAAGAACUGAAUGGGUUAACAUUAAGUAUGAUAUGUUACCUAAAUACUGUAAGGAAUGUAGACUACAAGGACAUGAUGAUUUUGAGUGUUGGAGGAUUCACCCAGAAUUGUCACCUUAUGAUCAAGGCAAGCAGACUUCUGAUAAGGUCAAGGAGCAGACUAAGGUGCAGCAUAAUCAACCUUUGAUGAUCUUGUCGAGUAGGAGAGUGGUAGGUAAUGUAAAAUCAAAUGGAGAACAAUGGAAAGAUGUAAAGGAUAAUCGUGUGAAGAAGGCAGGAAAUCAAGUGAUAAAUGGAAAGGAAAUUGUUCCAGUCAAUCAAGGGGAUAGGCAGCAGGAAGUAGCAGUUGUUAAUCAGCAAGAUAGGGACAAUGAGAGAAGACAAAUUGUUUCUGUUGAUGUAGGGCAACAAAUACAAACUACAAACAAAUUUGCAGCAUUACAAGCAGAGGAAGAGGGUGAUAAUGGAAAUCAAAUGAUCAUUGUGGAAGCAGAUGUUAGGCAUGACACUCAAAGGCAGAAAGAUUUGAACCCUAAUGCUUCAGUUUUUAUCCCUAAAUCUACUGGAGUGGCUUCAUCAAAGAGAGGAAAUGUAGAAUAUGAUGAUGAGGAAGGAAAUAUAAUAAAGGAAGGCUCAAAUAAAGGAAAAGCAACUACUGUUCAGAAGGAAGCUACAACAGCAUGGGUUAAUAGAAUAUUUGCUGAAAAGAUAGUUGCAACUAAUCAAUCAUGCCAGGACAUUCCCUCACAGGACACUGAAGUUGAUGCAACUAUUAAAGAAGUCAAUGCUAAUGAAAGACUACAAAUUAGUGGAGGAAAGUUGUGGGAUGCUCAAACUGAAGAAGAUUCAGAGGAAGGAGAACUACCUGAAGGUGCCAGUGGUGAGGAGGAAUCAUCAGAUGAGGAGAACGAUGAAGAAGAACAAAGUGUUAAUGACAAGGCUAAUAAGGAAUGCCAAAAAUCUGAAACUAAAGGUGGAACAUCUAAAGAAAAUAAGGCUGAUCAAGGAGAAGACAUAGAAGUAAUAAAUCAGAAGAAGACAGGUACUGGAGAUCAACCUGAUCAAAAACUCAUUAGUUCUAGUCCUAUUAAAGAGCUGCCACCAGCUAAGCCAAACAUAGAACCAGAUAUUCCUUUUGCUGUAGAUACAGGAACUGAAGGUGUGAUUAUACAUAUAGAAGGAAUUGGAGAAGAGCAUGGGAAGAGUAAGGAAGAUGCAGCAGGUGACAAUGUCAAAAAUACAAAAAUGCUUCAACCAUCAGAUGAAGGGCAGAAAAAUUCACAAAGAAGUUUGAUUCCUAAUCCUAUAGGAAAUCAAAUUGAAUUUCCAGUAGAGAAUGAGGGUAAUGCAGAUAAUUUGGAAGGCAAGGGCAGAGAUUUAGAUGCUGAAUCAACAUGCCAAAAUUUCAGAAACAUUGCAAAACAAGGUGAUUUAUCACCUAGGUACUUGGAUAAGGGCAAAUCAGUUGGAAGAGGAAAGAAGGGACAACCAAAAGAAAAUGUUCAAAGUGUAGUGCCAGGGGUUCAAACUAGAAGGACCCUAUCUAAAUCAAAUAAUUGA